UAGAGGAGAUGCAGACCGAGUCCUAGGGAGCCAGCAUGAAGUUUAUAGUUAUGAUCUGGAGUUUUGGAUUCCUGCAUGUUCCAUUCAUAUCUGGACACAAAGAAAGAGAACUCCAAACAGAUGUCUGUGAACACAGGGUAUCCUGCUCAGAGUGCAUUCUAUCCCACCCCAGCUGUGCCUGGUGCUCUGCUAAGGAUUUCACACAAGAAGGAGAGUCCGAGGGUUCUCGUUGUGCAACUCAGAUGGUGCUUCUGCAGCGUGGAUGUGACGCUCAUCAUAUUAUCAACCCCAAGAGUAUAAUCAACAUUCUUAAAGACAUACCCUUGAGCGACAGUGGGGACCAGGAGGUGGUCACUCAACUAGCCCCUCAAAGUGUGCAACUGAAACUUCGCCCUGGAGAGAAAAAGAAGUUUCGCGUGUGGUUUAAACGUGCAGAGGGGUACCCGGUUGAUCUGUAUUAUCUGAUGGAUCUGUCAUACUCUAUGAAGGAUGAUUUGGAAAAUGUGAAGAAACUGGGUAGUGAUAUUCAGCAGGCACUGAAUGAAGUAACCAAGUCAGUGCGCAUUGGCUUUGGCUCUUUUGUGGAUAAGACAGUGCUGCCCUAUGUAAGCACAGUAAAAUCCAGGCUACAGAACCCAUGCUCGUCCCGGACCGAGCGAUGCCAACCGCCUUUCAGCUAUCGGCAUGUCCUGCCUCUCACCUCUAACCUCACAUUGUUCCAAUUGCGGGUCAGUGCACAAGACAUCUCAGGGAACAUGGAUGCACCGGAGGGGGGACUAGAUGCCAUGGUGCAGGCGGCUGUAUGCACGAAUCACAUUGGCUGGAGGAACGUUACCCGUCUGCUGGUUUUUACCUCUGAUGAUGUCUUCCAUAUGGCUGGGGAUGGGAAAUUAGCCGGGAUUUACCUCCCCACAGAUGGGCACUGCCAUUUAAAUGAGAAUGGAGAGUAUUAUCACAGCAACAUUUAUGACUAUCCUUCGGUUGGUCACCUUGCUCAGAUCCUAUCAGCAGCCAACAUUCAGCCAAUUUUUGCUGUCACCAAAAAUGUUUUAUCCACAUACCAAGAGCUGAGUGAAUUAAUUCCAAAGUCUGUGGUUGGAGAAUUGACGGAAGACUCCAGCAAUGUGGUGAAUCUGAUCUCUCAGGCCUAUAAUAAUUUAUCUUCUACGGUGAAUUUGGAACAUCUGAAUCUCCCAAAAGGAGUGAACAUCUUGUAUGAUUCGCACUGUCUUGACUCAUCCACAGAGGGACAGGCAAGAGGGCAGUGCUCUGGUGUCAAAAUUAGUCAGACGGUAGGGUUUGAUGUCACCGUCUGGCUGGACAGGAAAUUUUGCCGAGACGGUGCGCAAAGCUUCCAGCUUAGGGUGCUCGGCUUCACUGAGGAACUGAAUGUGGACAUUGAGCCAUUAUGUGACUGUGACUGUGGAGAUGAGGAGGUCUUCUCCAAUUACUGCAGUGAAGGUCUUGGUAACUACAGCUGUGGUGUCUGCAGAUGCUCUGAGGGUCACCGUGGAAAGCAAUGUGAAUGUCCGCGAGACAACUAUGACUCCGAAUCAAACUGCAUGGCGGGGGGUUCUCUGCCGUGUAGCGGGCGUGGGAGGUGUGAGUGCGGACGCUGCGCAUGUAACAUGCAUGUUCGGGGAGAAUUUUGUGAGUGUGAUGACGCCAGCUGUGAAAGGCAUGAAGGUUUGCUGUGUGGAGGCAUUUCCAGGGGGGAUUGCGAGUGUGGGAUCUGCAAGUGCACAUCCAAUUACACUGGCAGUGCAUGCAGCUGCAGCCUGGAUACAAGCGCAUGCAUGACUGAGGAAGGCAUAUGCAGCGGACAUGGACGAUGUCAAUGUAACAAGUGUAUCUGUGAUGAUGGAUACAUCAAUAGGGUGUGUAAAGAGUGUCCUGGAUGUCAGAAACCAUGUCAGAGGCACAGUGGCUGCGCAGAGUGCAAGGCGUUUGGAACAGGCCCAUUGAGUAGCAACUGCAGCACAGCUUGCAAUCACGUCAAUGUCACCAUCCUCAAAGCUUCAGAUUCCGGAGUGAAGGACAGAGAUGGCUGGUGCCAGGAAAAAAGAGAGGACUCGCUCAUUAUAUUUCAUGUCACAGAGGACGGAGACAUUGUUCAUAUACUUGUGAAGGAAAAACAAGGGAUUGCAGAUCAAAAAAUUCUUAUUGUUGGUCUAGUUCUGGGCAUCGCUUUAGUUGGACUCCUGAUCAUCAUGGUUUAUCGCAUUACGGUGGAAGUGCUGGACCGGCAGGAGUACAGGCGUUUUCAGAAAGCGAGAAGUAAUGAGAAAUGGAAUGAGAGCAAUAAUCCACUGUUCCAAAGUGCGACAACCACUGUGAUGAACCCAAAUUUCAUCCAGGAUUAAACAUCUGUGUCACCGUGUAUAUACUGAGACAACUUUAGACACAAAAAACUAUUGUCAAAGGUGCUUGGGUUUCAAACGCAAGUUCACAACUUGCUUUACAUUCUAUAGAUAUAAACAA